AUGCUAGAGGAUGUACACGAUGAAGGGCGACAUCGUGCUACAAGGAAUAUCAAGGCUCGGCGCCGCACGGGACUCUUGUCAGGAGCUAGGAAGUGGACCGUGACACGUCGGGACAGCCCGGGAGGCAGCGCCACGGGCCGUCGGGGGCAAGCGGGAGGCAGGCCUUUGCCACGGGCCGUCGGGGGCAAGCGGGAGGCAGGCAGCGCCACGGGCCGUCGGGGGCAAGCCCAGGAGGCAGGCACUGCCGCGGGCCGUCGGGAGCAAGCGGGAGGCAGGCCUUUGCCACGGGCCGUCGGGGGCAAGCGGGAGGCAGGCAGCGCCACGGGCCGUCGGGGGCAAGCCCAGGAGGCAGGCACUGCCACGGGCCGUCGGGGGGCAGCCCAGGAGGCAGGCAGCGCCACGGGCCGUCGGGGGCAAGCGGGAGGCAGGGCAACGCCACGCGGGCCGUCGGGGAGCAAGCGGGAGGCCUUGCGCGCCCGCGGGGCCCGGGGGAGCAGCUGGGAGGCAGGCAGCGCCACGGGCUGUCGGGGGCAAGCGGGAGGCAGGCCUUUGCCACGGGCCGUCGGGAACAGCCCCAGGAGGCCAGGCCGCGGGCCAAUCGAGGGCAGCCCAGGAGGCAGGCCUUUGCCGCAGACCUGUCGGGAGCAAGCGGGAGGCCCAGGCAGCGCCACGGGCCGUCGGGGGCAAGCGGAGGAGGCAGGCGCCGCGGGCCGUCGGGAGCAAGAGGCAGGCCUUUGCCACGGGCCGUCGGGGCAAGCCCCAGGAGGCAGGCAGCGCCACGGGCCGUCGGGAGCAAGCCCAGGAGGCCCAGGCCUUUGCCACGGGCCGUCGGGAGCAAGCGGGAGGCAGGCAGCCUUGCCACGGGCUGUCGGGAACAAGCCCAGGAGGCAGGCCUUGCCACGGGCCGUCGGGGGCAAGCGGGAGGCAGGCCUUUGCCACGGGCCGUCGGGGGCAAGCGGGAGGCAGGGCAGCCCACGGGCUGUCGGGGGCAGGAGGAGAGGCAGGAGCGCGCCACGGGCUGUUUUGGACUUGGGAAAGGGAUGGUGCUCGGCACUUGACCUUUAA